AUGGAGGCUGAGGGACGGUAUGUGGUGCUCGUAUCAAGCGAAGGGGAGGAAAUUAAAGUCCCUAGGGAAGUUGCCUCCGCAUCUUUGCUUGUUAAAUCAAUGACGGAAGACGGAGACGAUUCAGAUGUCGUGCCGCUUCCCAAGGUCAGCAGCGCCAUCCUCCGCAAAGUCGUUGAGUAUUGCACGCACCACCAUGACAACCCCCCAGAAGACAUUCCAACGCCUCUCAAGACCAGCAAUCUUGCGGAGGUAGUAUCAGAGUUCGAUUUCAACUUUGUAAACGUCGAGCAGACGGUCUUGUUUGAUUUGUUGCUGGCGGCGGACUACCUGAAUAUCCCGUCCCUCCUUCUGCUUACCUCAGCAAAGGUUGCCUCUAUGAUCAAAGGCCGCAGUCCAGAAGAAAUUCGUAGAGAGUUCAAUAUUGUUAAUGACUUUACUCCAGAAGAAGAGGCACAGGUGUGUGCAGCAGCCGCUGCAGCAGCGGCUGCAGGAAGUGUUGCAUCUCUUGGAGUCGCAUGCACUGCCGUCCGUGCUCUGCUGCCUCUCCGAUCUUUUCGCGGGAGAAGGCCUUCGGGUUGCCUCACGGAGAAGGGGGAGGGAGGAUAG